CUGCAGACUGUCAUGACGGCGUGCGCAGCGCUCGUUUAAAGCCGCAGGAUUUGCUUUAGCCUGUUGUGAGAGCCGAUGAGCCUUGAGCGAGUGAAGGAGGGAGGGAGGAAGCGAGGGAGGAAGGGAGGGAGCUAAGGGCUGAUUUUGAUCUUUUACCGGAUCGAGAGGAGAAGAAGGGAGGUGCGAGGCACGGAGAACGGGCUAUUUUGGACCCGGGCACUGAGCCUGCUCUUUGCUGCGCGGUGUAUUAGGCAGCCUUCGACGCAAGCAAAUCGCCUCCCGCGGCCACCGCCAAGUCGACGACGCCGACGAGAGCUCCUUUCAGUCAGUUCAAGCCAUCCUGCUCCACGCUCAAGUGUUCCUCGCAGGACAUGAAAGUGCAGCAAGGCUGCAACUCGUCAGACAUGGGCAUCCCCGUCACCACCGAGGAAGAACUGCGCAGAAAUAGCGUCAUCACGCCUGAGGAUGUGCUUGGUUUACAAAAGAUCACCAAGAACUAUCUUUGUUCACCAGAGGAAAACGUCCACAUGAUUGACUUCACCAGAUUUAAGAUCCGUGAUAUGGAAACAGGAACAGUCCUGUUUGAGAUCACUAAACCUCCAGCACCAGGAGGUCGAAAGCAAUGUGACCCCAACGCCGGGCGCUUUGUUCGCUACCAGUUCACCCCUGCCUUUUUACAGUUGCGGCAGGUCGGCGCCACCGUGGAGUUCACAGUGGGUGACACACCCAUCAACAACUUCCGUAUGAUCGAGAGACACUACUUCCGAGACCAGCUGCUCAAGAGCUUUGACUUUGAGUUUGGCUUUUGCAUGCCCAGCAGCAAGAACACAUGCGAGCACAUCUACGAGUUCCCGGCACUGUCAGAGGAUAUCAUGCGUGAGAUGAUCAUCCAUCCGUAUGAGACACAGUCUGACAGCUUCUACUUUGUGGACAACAAACUGGUGAUGCACAACAAGGCAGACUAUUCCUACAGCGGGGGUCCAUAGAUCCACCAUUUCUUCCCCCUUCUUUAGACAUUGUCCACUCAGCCGUUUCAACUUCAGGGCCCUAAAUAGAAGAACCCACACGGACGUCUCAUUGCUGUUGGCUCCUUGUGUAGGAAUGUACACCAGUGAGCAUUUACAGCAGUGUGUCUGCGGCCGGCACAUGUGUUGUGCAUACAGUAGUGAUUGGGAAAUGAAGCUUUAAAUUGUCUGCAUGAAGCAGUUGUUAUCAUUUUUGACUCCUCUGAAUGACACUUUCUAUUCAGCACAGGGUUGAAAGCUCACUGACCUGUCAUUUCUUAAAUCCUUUCUUUGAACGAUUAGUGUCAUCUAAAGGAGUCUAAAAAAAAAUCAAUAACUGAAUCAUGAAGGAAAUUUGAAGCUUCAUUUUCCCCAUCACUACCCUACAAUACAUAUCAGUUCAGUAGAUGGACAUUAGUUCAUUUCCAUUGUGUGUGUUUUGAUAGCCAGUACUAAUAGCUAGAGAUCAUAAUACUUUGUCAUUAUGGGUCCUGAUGUUUAUAUAGUUUAUACUACUGAUGGAAUCUAGUUCUGAUUGCACACGUCACAUGACUCGGUCCCAACACGACUCAGCUCAGAAUGACAGACAGGAGUGAUAUUUGUGUAUUUGUGUAUCAUUUCUGUUUGCUUUCAGGUUCAUAGCAUUGUCUAGAGUAUUUUUCAAAAGAGUAGUCAUUUUGAAGUGUCCGACAAUAUACAUAGAAAUUUUGAUAUCCAGUACAUACAUUGUAGUACAGAACACUACAUAUACAUUUUAAUUAUGAUGUUAAGCGUUGUAAGAAUUUUAUGUCCAAUUUUGAAGAGUGAAAUUACAUCAAUGCAAUAAAUAUGGGACUUUUUCCGAAAAUGAUA